AUGUCGAUUUUUAUUACUUUAUAUUCCAGUUCCAACGUAUCAGAAAAAAUUUUUACAUAUACAGGGUGGGCGUUAUGUAACUGACUGGUUUGUAUCUUGAAUAUUUGUGAAAUAAAAUUAAGUUCAUUUUUUCAUCUUAAUCUUUUAUUGAAACUAGAAAUUAUGUAUGAAAAAUAAUAUCAGACAAAUUUCCGCCUCUAGAAGCCGCGCAAAACCUGAACCUUUUGAUUACGUUUCCCGUCACUUUUCGGUAGGUUCGGGAGGAAUAUUUUCAAUCGCUUCCGUAAUAUUGAUCUUCAGAUCUGUAUUUGAUUUGUUAGCAUACACCGUAUUUUUUAAAGAUCCCUAUAAAAAAGUCAGGAACCGUUAAAUCUGGUGACCUUGGGGGCCAGUUGACGUCACCAAGGCGAGAAAUUGAACGUCCCGGAAAUAUUGCUCGAAAAAGAUUAAUUGUUUCCCUAGCUGUGUGACAAUUUGCUCAGUCCUGCUGUAACGACAUGUUUUGCAAGUUAAUUUUUUGGAUUUGAGGUUCCAGAAAGUUUUGCACCAUAUCACGGUAGCGAUCGCUAGUGACAGUAAUACAAUUACGUGCUUCGUCUUCAAAGAAGUAUGGUCCAAUGAAACCUCCAUACCAAACACCGUAUCAAACUGAGAGUUGACGAGGAGGUGGUGGUCGUUGCUGGAUGACACGAGGGUUCUCUAAUGUCCAGAUACGACAAUUCUGUUUAUUGACAAAUCCAUUCAUAUCGAAGUGGGCUUCAUUCAUGACUGUAUUGUCGGCGACUUUCAUGAUCAUUAGGCUGUAGUUCUUGGGUUAACUGAAUUUUGUAUGGCCCCGAAUGCAAGCCUUUUUUUUUAAAUACUGCAUAAUGACGUGCGACGAAUACCCCAGUUGUUAGCGAUGUCUUGUAGACGUCUCAGGGCGCUCCACUACACUUUCAUGAACUCUAAUUAUUUCCAGAGUACGAACAGUUUGAACACGGCCCGUAGCUUCCAAAUCGUUGCAACAAUCGCCUCAUUAUUUAAGUAAAACGUUUUAACAAUUCGGACGCGUUGUCAUCAAUCCUAUUUUCGUAAGAAUUGAAGUACCACGACUUCACUCCCGAAUCUAGUAGACUAAGUCCGUUCGACUGUAUUGAUCAUCUACUACUAACAGAAUAAGCAAUAUACAGUACCGAGCAAAAGUAGAGAAACAAACCAAAUUACAAAUAAAAAUCCAGAAAGAUUAACCCUAACCCAAAACUGUGCAUUAAAGUUUUUUGUGUAUGACUACCUCAAGAUAAUGAAAUGCUUAUAUUUGUAUACAUUCUUUUUUUUAAUAUAAUAUGGUCGGUCUUUUGUUCAAUGAGCAAAAGUAGAGAAACA